CUCGAUCUUCGAACUCCCCCUUCGCUUCCCCUCGACAAUCCACAUCGGGCUGUCGUUCCAGCACUCUCACAUCAACCGCCAUGUUCUCCUCCGCCAGAAGCCGCAUUGCGGCUCUCUCCACGCGGCCCGGUGCCUUUGCGCUCCCUCGCGCCGGUUACUCGUCCACGGCUGCCCGGCUCUUGCCUGAGAACGUGAUCCCAGCCAACGACCCGACCCCGCGACAGCCCAAGCCCAAUGUCUCUGCGACCAAUGCCACUCCUGUCGAUUCUGUCGGUGCUUGGGAUGCUGCUCUCCAGGAGGAGCCCGAGGUGGGAGAGCGCAGUCGCCAGCUGCAGGCGCCCAACCGCGCCACCACCUGGGCCAAGAGCCAGCAGCCCAGAGCGCAGGCCAUGACCGGUCCUCGCUUCGAACAGACCAUCAUAGAGCUUCAGCCUCAACCUCUGGCCGCCAUUGAGCUUAUCCACAGACAACCCGUCCGCUGGCAGAAGAAGAGAGUUGUCGAGUGCGAUGGUGGCGGUGGUCCCACCGGUCACCCCAGAAUCUUCAUCAACGUCGACAAGCCCCAGAUCUGCCACUGCACGUACUGCGGUCUGCCUUUCGCCCACGAGAAGCACCGUCCUUAUCUCGAGUCCCUGCCCGCGACCACCUACCCGCUGAAGGCUACCGGCGACCCUGCCGAAGUUAACGAGACCCAGCGCGUCACGGACAGCGGUUGGGAACAGCGAUAAAUCCGAUCUUUUUAUAUCUUGGCGUUGAUGACCUUCGAGGAUAUCUGUCGCAUUUUCCGUUACAGAUAUCUCUGUAGAAAAGAACCAUACUUGAUAUUUGAUAUUUUCCAUAUGCGUCGUCGCUAGGCACUAGGUAUACAUCCACAUUAAGUCACUUCCCCUGCACCAAUCAUGCUCUUCCAGUUUCU